AUGCCCACACCUGUUCCAACCAUUGCUCCUACAGCUGGAUAUGUGUUCCCAGACAAGCCGACUCUCAUUGAUGCCUUGGAGCAAGGGGAUUAUUCACCAACAGGACCUUAUGGCACCAUUACAACAUGGAAUGUACAGGCAGUUGACAACUUCAGCAGCUUGAUAAACAGCAUAUCAAGUGUGUCUACCUUCAAUGGUGAUGUCAGUAACUGGGAUACCAGCAGUGUGACCACAAUGGAGUUAGCUUUCUUUGGCGCCAGCUCCUUCGAUGUUGAUCUCAGUUCCUGGGAUACCAGGAAGGUAACAUCACUAGGUCUUACCUUCGCUAACAAUGCCUUCAAUGGAGAUGUCAGUACCUGGGCCUUUAAUGGUGAUAUUAGUUCCUGGGAUACCAGAAAGGUCACAAAAUUGGAUGCUACAUUCGAUAAUGCAGCUGCCUUCAAUGGUGAUCUCAGUUCCUGGGAUACCAGUCAAGUUGAUUCCUUGGUGCGGACAUUCAGAGCGACAGCUGCAUUCAGUGGUGAUCUCAGUUCAUGGGAUGUCAGGAAGGUCACAAGCCUGGCUGAAACAUUCGAAGGUGCCACCUUGUUCAAAAGUGAUAUCUCCAACUGGGAUGUUGCAUCCGUGACAACCUUUAACGGCAUGCUGGAUGGUGCUUCAGCUUUUGACCAUGAUUUGUGUUCCUGGGGUACCAAGAUCACAGGCACUCCAGAUGUCACUGAUAUGUUUUUGAGUACCUCUUGUCCUGAAUCAGCAACAGUGGUUAACUUGGCUGCAUCUCUAAAGGGGCCUUUCUGCUACACGUGCUCAGCCCCCACCAAAGCACCAACCAAAGCACCAACCAAAGCACCCACAAAGACACCAAGCCAGGAGCCAAGCAUAGUUCCAACCCUGUAGGAACGACUUGAGGAAUUCUCGCGUUCUUUGUCCCGGUGGGAGGCACAGCAAAAUCUGUGAGACGUGGUCUACUUUAGCUAGCUAGGAACCAAAGGUCCGCACAUCUACUGGCUAGCUAGAGACAACCGGGGC